AUGAGAAAUGAGAACAGAAGAGAAUAAAAUAAAAUCCAAUUAAUUGAAAAAAUAGAUGUUAAAAAUUCACCAUUAAAAUAAUUAAAUUCAUCAAUAAAUGAAGAUAGGUAGAAGAGAUUUGAUAAUAGUUAAGAUAUAGAUAUACAACAAUAAAGAGCAGAAAGGAUGAAGUUGUAAAAUGAAUGA